AUGUUCCGCAACCCACUCAGGAAAAAAUGCGAAAUAACGAGGAGUGACUGCGAGGAGUUUAUUCGGGUCGUCAAAAGACACACCAUAGAAUGCAUGUUCGAGGAGUUCUUCCUAAACAAGAAAAACGACAGGGAGAGCCGCGAAAUCACCGCCGACGACCUGAUAUCCUUGACGUCCAAAAAGACGAACAGAUGCUUCUACGUGCCGGUCGUCGUUUACAUAGGAGAGCGCGAUCACAUACGAAGCUACGAAGAAGGGCUCAUAAACGCACAGGAGAAAAAAAAAAAAAAGGAACAAAUCGAAAGGGACCAUUUGAAAAGGCAAAUCCAAAGAGACAAUAAAAAUAGGCAAAGAAAUGAACAGAUGAAUUACGUUUGGGAAGAUGAAAUUCGGGGCAGGUCAAACUGUUGCAGUGAGGCCGUGUCGGUAGAUCGCGAGGGGCAACUUGGGUUGGGGAGCACCGAUGUGAAGACAAGGGAUGGUGGCGGCGGCGGUGGAUAUCCAGUGGGUGAGGCCAACGGGGGAGAAGCCCCGAAUGGCAAAACCCUAAAUGGCGAAACCCCAAAUGGAGCAGCCCCCAGUGGAGAGGCCCCAAAUGAAGAAGCCUCAACGGGUGAACCGCCCAACGCCGAACAGCCGCACCCACAGGUGGACUCCCCCAAGCGAGUCGAAGCAGCUGAAAAGAAAAGGGGCAACCACAGCACCCACAAUACGAAUAACAGCGGCAAAAUGAAGAAGCCCGCGCCGGGCAGAAAAGGCAAAGGCGCCGCCGCUCACCAGGAGAAGAAGACGAGUGGGCGACCCCCCGCGGAGGAAGCAAAGCAACCGCCCCCGCAGGAGCAGAAGACGGACAAGCAAAUCUACUACGACUCCCUAAUGCAGCGGGUGCUAAAUACCAUAGAAAAAAAAAAAGAGAAAAAAAAAAAAACCCUCACAACGUUCAAUUUUGUUACUUACUACAAACUGCAUGAGCUGAUUUAUACCUCCUUUCUGGUGGACAAGUACCAGGGAUACUACCAAGGCAAAGAAGAGAGAGACUUGAUUGACAUUUACGCUGAGGAGGGGAAACAAAUGGACCGAAGUGAAGACAGCAGAGGAGAUGCCCCAGGAGAGACCACCCCGAACGGUGGCGAAGCAGAGUUAGCGGAAAAAAUACAAUCAAAUGUAGAGGACACGAAAAGGAUUUCCCUCACAGAAGUUAUACAUAAAUACCAAGGUGAUAGGGAGAAAGAGGAAAAAAAAAAAAAAAAAUUUAAAAGAAAAACACAUAAGUACAUACAUAGCAACCAUCUAGGCAAUUACCAAUUUGUCUGGAAAAAUAUAAAAGGAAUAAUGGACUGCGUUUUGCAUAACUUGAAUGUAUUUUUUAAUGAAAAGGUGUUGGACGUCGAGAGGGUGAUGGAGGAGUACAGCACUGUUGUGAGCAACGUGUGUGAGGCGGUGGAAAAUAGGCAGGGGGAUGUCUGCGCAGAGGGUGUUAUGCCAAUUGGUGGGGAUAACACCCCUUCUGGUGAGUUAACCGCAGGGCAUGAAAAGGCGCCUCUGCCGUUAAGCGAAGGGGAAGCGGCAACGGUUAUAAGUGACGAAGCAGUUAAAAUUGCCGAAACAGUUAUAAGUGCGGAAGCAGUUGUAGGUGCACCUGCAUGUGCUAGCCUCCCCCGCUUGAAGAGCAAAAAAAAAGGCGUCCCUAAGGGGGAAGUCGUCACUCCUGAUCAGCCAAGCGGAGCAGUGGGGAAGGUGAGGAAAGAGGCCACCAAGGGGGGUGCUAACCACAUGUGUGCUGAGGGAGACGGGGGAGGUGAAGAAGGCCAAGACGGCGAAGCCAGCGAAGCGGAGGCGCGCAACGCGAACAUAAAAAGAGGGCGUACGGGCGGACGCGCGAAACGAAGGCACCCUUUUAAGAGGCCCCCUGGUACACACCACUCCGAAACUGACGAAGCGGUCGAUGCGCCGUCCGACGUUCAACUGGACAACCAAGAAACUGCAUCCGACCAUUCCAUAAGCUACGCCAAUUUAAAAUACACCAAGGAAGAAAUAAAGCAAAAAAAUCUCAUCUACUAUUUAACGCAUGAUAUAAACAAAAUUGAAACAUUCAAAAGGAAAUACUUUUACGACUUUUUUUUUAUGUACAUGGUGAGGAAGCUCUUCUGGAAUGUGCUCUGUUUGUAUUACUUGCUCUGGAAGGAGCGGCAUGAGGAGGACGCACCAAAGCAGAGUGGCUCACCGGGUGAGGACUCCCUCCACCAAUCAUUAAUCAACCCGCUGAACAGCCAGGGCCUGGACGAUGCCAACCUAAUCCUCUACGAAAGCGACGUCAGCGUGAAUAACGCCAAGAAGAACAAGGCCAUGCUCUACAACACUAACCAGAAGCUGUGCCACAACCUGGACCCCCUAUUUAAAUUAAUUCGCAACAAAAAAUUGCUCAUUUACCUUCGAUAUGACCAAAAUAAAAGGGUCAAAUGUAAAAACAAAACGGAGUACUUGUAUAGAGAAGUAUGGCAGUACCUUAUUUUAACGAAUUUGAGGAAGAAAGCGCAAUUUGGGGAACACGGCCCCUUCAGUGAGUUCGUCCUCUUUCGCCAGGACUGA